AUGAAUUCCACAAAUAACGAUUCAUUUUUAACAGAAUCCAACUGCUCAUUACCCAAUCGUGUUUAUACGUCUAAUUAUUUAUUUUUCAAAUUACUUAAUUCAACAUAUUUACGACUACUUAUUGUUCCAGCUAUAUUACUUAAUACACUUUGUUUAAUUGUUCUUUCUCGACCAAAAUUAUCUGGUAAAUCAACUACUCUUGUAUUUUUACGUUUUCUUGCUGUUUUUGAUAUAUUGGCAAUUACACUUAAAUAUAUUCGAGCAGAAAUUAAUUAUCAAUCAAUUGACAAAGGUCAUCAGAUUUUUUUAUUAAUUCCAUGGGUUUGCAAAGCAUUAUAUGUAUUAAUGAAUUCGAGUAUUUCGAUUUCAAUGUGGACUAUCGUACUAAUGAGUUUAGACAAAGCUGUUGCUGUUAGUUAUCCAUUACAAUCAAGUAUAUGGGUAACACAUAGACGAGCAGUCUAUAUUUGUUGUAUAACUAUCAUUACACUUUCUUUGGCUAACUUAACAUUCAUUAAUUUAUCUGGUAUACUUACGGCAAGAAAUGGUAGUGAAUACUGUGGAUUAAAUAAAGAUUCAUUUAUUGUUGAUCUUUUAACUGCUUCAAUAUUACCAAUGGGAUUAAUUACAAUAACAAAUAUUGUUAUUGCUGUUGUAUUAAAUCGUGUAUCACGUGUUUCAUUAAAUUGGUCAACAUCUGAUGAUAAUAGUAAACGAGAAUGUGAAGCAGAAAAGUUUAAUUCUCGAUUAUCAGUACCAUCACUAAAUUAUCGUCGUUCAUCUGCAGGUUCAACAGUAACAGCAACCGAUAUUGUCAUAGCAGCAAAACGACGUCUUAGUGCACAAGUUACACGUAUGCUUCUAGCUGUAACAUUAUCAUUAAUAAUAUGUAAUAUUCCAAAUACAAUUUUUUUUGUUUUUGUUAAAAUUUAUGAUACAAGACAAAUAUUAAUUGGACGUUUAUGUACAAAUGUUAGUAAUAAUGAAAUAUCAUUAUAUAAAUUUGGUUUUUAUUCAAGUGUGAUACAAGAUAUCUUGUCUGAUUUACCACAUAUAUUUAAUUUCUUUUUAUAUUGUUUAGCUGGAAAAAAAUUUCGAAGUAUAUUUAUUAAUGAAGUUCGUCAUUUUUUUCGUAGUAUUCGGUUUAUUAAACAUAAAAAAGAUCGUUUAACACCUGAACAUGUUAUACAUGCAAAUAUGAGACGUCCAUCAACACAUACGCCUUUAUCUAAAUCAAAAAAAACUAUGGCAAUUUUCUUUAAUGGUAAAACAACUAAAACAAUACUCAAUGGUGAACAUAAAAAUAUAUCAAGAAUAAUAAAUCAUGAUUAUGAUAAAGACCUAAAACUUUGUCAAUCUUUUACAAGUAUACAAUAA